AUGCUACCGCCAUACUGCGAGCACAUGGCUUUUGUCAAGACAGUGUAUCCAACUAAGUUGGUGCUCGUACUCGCUCAUGCGGGAAGGCUCAGCUCUCGCUACGCCACACUUUGCCACCGGCGGCCUCCGCGCUUGUCUCCAGGGAGCUCCUGGCUACCUCGCCUGCUCCCGUCUGAGCCUCCGUCUCCGCCACUGCCACUGCAAAGAAGUAUGGUGGUGAUGUUGAAGAGAUGCUGUUGCCAGGGGUGUUCUCUCAGGACAGGUGCCAUCAUCAUCGGCGUGUCUGGCAUUGUGUACGGCAUUGCUAUGAUAAUCGAAUACCUCUAUGUUAUGCCAUCGACAUACUCGGAGCUGAAAUACAAGUGGAACUUUGACGUGCAGUUGAUGUCGUACAUCACCCUGUGUCUGGGCCUGCUCACACUGCUGAUCAACUGUAUCCUGAUAGUGGGCGUCUGUACGGAAUCCAAGGGUCCUUUGCUGGCAUGGACGAUUUUCACAGCCGUAGUAACAGUACUGGGAAUGGCCCUUUGUCCCUUGACUGUGGAAAUAUACUUCUGGGACAACAAUGUCAACUUAGCCGUCAUCAUACUGUGCAGCGGUUUCACAAACCUCUCAAUAUAUACUACCUAUUGGUGGUGUACAGCUUCUACCGCACGAUUGGAAAUUCGUCAGUGGAUGAUGUCGAAAUUGUAUGACCGUGGAAUUUCUUAUCCAUUAUUGCAACAAACCAUAGGUUGAUAUCACUGCGUAACACGGUACAUUUUUAACAAGCACGAUCUACUAGAAACAUCGAAUAUUGUUAACGCUAGUAAAAUAAUUUCAUUCAGACAUAUGGAAACUACGAGUAACAGACAAAACAUAUUCGGUCACAGACUGCUUCGACGUCCUUCAACCACGCCCUAUCAAAAGCCCCUUGCGCUGUUCCAUUUAGCCUCUGUUAUCAUGUGAUCCCAAAAGUGAAGUAUAACUAAGUCUUCUUCUAAACCUCACUUUUAGUUUUCUUGCUUUCCAACCAGUUAACUUUUAUAUCUAGCUUAUUAGGAUAAGUGUACAUAUUUACUUUAUUAUAAGAAUAUCACGUAAGCAAUAAGAGAACGUUAAUAGCAAACUCGAUUUGUAAGCUACAGCAAAUAAAGUGAGACGUAAAGGUAA